UUUGGCACCGCGACGUUUCCUCCCUAGCACAGUCCGUUUUCGCCCCGUGGCGUGUCCGGCGCGCAGCCGGUGCACCAGGCGCACUUAGGUCCCCGGACCCCGCUCCCCGCGGGGGACCCCGCGCUCCGCUGCCCGGCGCCGGAAGCCUCUGCGCCGCCCCUUCCCCGCGCCGCUGGCCUUAUCUCUGCACGCAGGGGCCUCCGGGGAGUGGCGGGCGCCGGGAGGGAGCGGGUGGCAUGGGCCGGGGGCCCCGGGGCACGCGCCGCUCGCCGGGUCUCCGGGUGCCGCGGCUGCUGCGGCUUGUGGUACUGCUUGGCUUGGCCCGCGGUGUCAGCGGAGAACCGGGCACCGACGACCUAGGUGUCUGUGCCACAUGCCAUGAACACGCCACGUGCCAGGAAAAGGACGGGACGAGGAUCUGCAUUUGCAACUAUGGCUUCUGGGGCAACGGGAGGACACGGUGUGUUGAUAAAGACGAGUGCCAAUUCGGAGCCACUGUGAUCUGUGGGAACCACACCUCCUGCCACAACACACCUGGAGGGUUCUACUGCAUUUGCCACAAAGGCUAUCGGGCUACAAAUAACAACAGGACGUUCAUUCCCAACGAUGGCACUUUCUGUACAGACGUAAAUGAGUGUGAAGUUCCUGGCCUGUGCCGUCAUGGAGGUCAGUGUAUCAACACUCCUGGGAGCUUUGAAUGCUACUGCGUGGAAGGAUACGUGGCAAAGGACGGUCCUGAGCCCUUCCACCCAAGCACAGAUGGCACAGCGUGCACAGAAAUAGACUGUGGCCCCCCUCCGGAAGUCCCUGGCGGCUACAUCACAGGGAAUUACAGCUCCACGCUGGGCGGUCAGGUCCGUUACAGCUGCAAAGAGGGGUUUCUCAGCGUCUCGGGAGAUGGAGUUUCACGCUGCACGGCCCUGGGCACGUGGGAAUCUCCGACGUUACGUUGCCAAGAGAUCAGCUGUGGCAGCCCUCCCGCAGUCCAGAACGCCAUCUUGGUGGGGAAUCCCACCUCCAGCCUGGGCAGUGUGGCUCACUAUGUCUGUCAGGAGGGCUUCGAGAGUCCUGGAGAAAAGAUCACUUCUGUUUGCACGGAGAAAGGCUGGAGUGAAAUCACGUACACAUGCACAGAAAUAGUGGUCGAAAUUCAUGAUGUGUCUGUGUUUAAUGACAGCUGUGUGAGGUGGCACAUAAGCCCAGAAAGCAUAAACUCCAAGAUCAUGUACAUGAUAAACAUUGAAAGACAGCAGUCGAAUGCUGUGGAAUCUGCUCGCGAGGAGACAGUCAACGUGACCACAGACAACAGGACCCCAGAAGUGUGCCUUCACCUCCAACAAGGUGCCAACUACACCGUGCGCAUUUCUGCGGCCCCUCCCCGGCGCUCCGUGCCCGCCAUCCUUGAUUUCCAGAUGGCUGUAGAUGAUCUCUUAGAAGAUGGUGGAAUUCUCAAUAUUUCAGUAUUUAAUGACACGUGUUUGAAGUUGAACAGGCGUUCUACGAAAGACGGAUCGGAACAAAUGUAUCAAGUGGAAGUUCUGGGUCAGAGGUGGUAUCUGAAGAGCUUUUAUCAUGCAACUUUCUUUAACUUCACAACAAGAGACCACGCUCCGGAAGUGUGUUUAGAGCUGUACCCAGCCACUGAUUACACAAUAAACAUCACCCUCCUGCGACCCACCGAGCCACACUCGGCACAAAUAAGCCUAACAACUGCACUAACAGCCAAACAAACCAUCACUAAUAUUUCAGUAUAUAAUGAAACCUGCCUGAGAUGGAGAAGCCUGAAGACGGCCAAUGUACAAGAGCUGUAUUUAUUCCACAUUUGGGGCCAGAGAUGGUAUCAGAAGGCAUUUGUUCUGGAAAUAGUCUUUAACAUCACCAGUAGCAGCCAGGCCCCUGAGAUCUGCCUGGACCUGCAUCCGGGGACCAACUACAAUGUCAGCCUUCAGGCUCUGUCUUCAGCACUUCCUGUGGUCAUCUACCUGACAACCCAGAUAGCAGAGCCCCCACUUCCGGAAGUAGAAUUUUUCAGUGUCCAAGGAGGGCCUCUACCACACUUCCGGCUGAGGAAAGUCAAGGAUGUAAAUGGACCGAUCAGCUCCUACCAGUUGCUGGUCCUUCCCCUGUCUUUGGAAAGCUCGUUUUCUUGUGGAUCUGAAGGCAUGACUUCAUUUUUUGGCAACACCUCUCUUGUUGAUGGCUAUGUGGCUGCGGAAAUAUUGGCCAGCGAUGUUCCAGACGAUGCAUUGGAGAUACCUGUCGGAGACAGGCUGUACUACGGGGAAUAUUACAACGCCCCUUUGAAACCAGGACAUGAUUACUGCAUCCUAGUACGGAUCACAAGUGAAUGGAAUAAGGUGAGAAGAUAUUCCUGUGCCAUCUGGGCCGAGGUGAAAGACUCGUCCCUCACACCGCAGCAGAUGGUGGGCGUCGGGCUGGGCUCUGUGGCUUUUGUGACCGUUCUUGCAUUCCUCUCCUUCUCAGCGGUGUGAUGGCUGGUGCGCACCGCCUGGAAAUACUGCCUUAUGAUGGACAGCUGUUUCUACAGCUUUUCAGGUGCCUGGGCUGUGUGACUUCCAUCCAGAGCCCUUGUGUGAACCUGAAACCUUCUCCAUCCCAGCAUGGCCUCACCCCUGAAUUCAAGAUGGCACCAACCCUAUCUCUAUGGAAUUUUCCAGAAGGAGAAAACUUGGGAACUGUUUUAUGUGCUUCAUGCUUUCAGGAUCAGUGUGUGUCCAUGAACUUGAGACUCAUGCCCAGUGUAAUACUGACCACAGGUCACAGCUCUGAGAGUCAGCUCCCAUACUGACCACAGGCCACAGCCCUGAGAAUCAGCUCCUGUAGACACUGGCUGUGCCCAGGCCAUAGACCCUGAGAUGUGGAGUUGCUGGAUCUUACUUUAGGUACCCCUGCUAAUUAGUUCAGGGUUCAUUCUUUCACAGUAGGUGAUGAGAUGGACUUAAGUCUGGGCUGGAACUUGGUUUUGUGAAGGAGGUCGCUGGAUAAAGAAAAGUAUCAUGAACAAAUGUUUCAAGCGUUUUAGAAUUAGCCCUUCCCUACAAUUUACUGAUGAACUAAUUAGAAAAUACAGUAAUGUGGCCACCCUCUCGGGUUCCCUGCAUGACUGUUAGGCAGCCUGGCUUUGAUAAAAUUCUAGUUGUUUAUGUGAGAUCAAAAGUAAUGCCUACUUUCCAGUAAAACACAUUCUAUAAUUUUGCCCAUUCUUUCCUUGGUUUGGUUUUGGUUUUGUCUCACCAUCUAUGAAAUUGUUCUCUGCCUCCCUUGAGAAAUUUGGGUUUGGCUGUAAUGUAGAAACAGUGGGUUAAAGCAGCAUCCAUCCAGUUCACGACCAGAAUCUGCAUGAGUGUUGGGAGAGGGGGGGAUCAUGGUGAUUGACAUACCUUAGCUACACCUCAGUAACCGUGACUGAGACAAUGUCGAGGCCCAUGAACAUUAGCUAUAGGCAGG